CACACAUAAAAAUCUCCCCGUCCGCGGGGGUCGUGUAACACGAGAAACCGCAGAAACAAGCAGAAAGAGAGAGCGGGGCUAGGGUUUUCGUCUGCGGAAGCUCAUCGGCAAACACAACAAUGAUUUACGACGUCAACUCCCCACUUUUCCGAUCCUUCCUCAGCCAGAAAGGAGGCUCCUCAGACAAGAGGAAAAAUGAGGAACAAAAGCCAAAGGAACAGAAGCCUAAAGCAAGUGAGAACAAGCCUGUAAUGACUGAAUAAUCUUCUUGUAAUGAUCGAGCGAUCUCCUUGAUGUGAGCCUUAAGAUGCAUGUGAUGUAAAACUUUCAGUUACAGAUGCUAAAGAUGAAAUUUGUUCGUGUUGUUUUCUGACUUCUGAAGUUGUAGUCCAUCAUUAUGUAUGCCCUGCCUGGUUAAAUACUGCCAUUAUGAGUUUUUGAUGGAUGGAUAUUUAGACUUAGAGGUGGUCAGGUCUUUCAUAUUUUGCAUUGUGCAUUGCUUCCAAGUACUGUAUGAGAAGUUUCCUUCUAUAUUUAAUCCUUAAAGUUACAGUGA